UAACGAAUAUAUAAUGAAUGCAGCUGGAACUUCCGCUGAAAAAGGAAAAUAUCGGAGAAGUUGUGUAGUACCAAUGUGUACAAACUCUGUGCGCUCAACACCAAAUAAAAUAUUUUUUUCGUUACCAAAACGUGAAGACGUUCGACGGAAAUGGUGCAAAGCAAUGAAAAGAGAUACUACCAAGAAUGCACCAUUAUCUAGUAUUUCCGGGAGUAAUAUUUGCGAAGAUCAUUUCAAUUUAGAAGAAGAUCUUGACAAUUACUGGCAAUUUAAGCUAAUGAAAAAUGUUCGCCCCAGAUUGAAGAAAGGUGUUGUUCCUCAUCUGUUUCUCUGCCAGAAAACUUCAACUGGCGUUCCUGUUGCAAGCUCCGCAACAUUAAAGAGAAGAAGAUGUCAGAGAGCAGAGGAGGCUAUAAGUGGUCUGGAAACACGCCCGUUCGAACCACAAGCUAGUUCGUCCGAUCCUAUACAAACUCCUCUGAUGGAAGAAGCACAAACUCCUGAUACACCUUACAAACAUAAUAGUUAAUAUUAAACCGACAUGUUACCGAAAUUGUUUGUUGGCGUCACGAGUGUACGCUGAAAGAACACAUCCAGAUCCACGAGAGUUUCAAAAGGUGCUCCUACAUUUACAACUACUGGGUGUGUAAAACGAGAAAGGACAGUUAAACGGAAACCAGUUUUGGCGGAAGAUAAUUAAUUGCAUGUUCUCGGGACUACUGUUCGUUCGGUGCAUCGUACUCUUCAAAAGUACAAGUUGUGUUUAUUUUGUGAGAAGCUUGAC